AUGAAACUUACCUGGGAUGAAAAUCUUCCACAAGCAUGCAUUUUCUUACGUGCAUAUUUUGAGGGCAAAACUUCAGUACAAUUGGUAUUAUGUAAAUCAAGAGUAGCACCUGCCAAAGAAGUAACUAUUCCCAGAUUAGAGUUGCUUGGAGCACUUAUAGCUUCUCGGCUGUACCGUCAAGUCAUUGACGCUCUUAAAUUGACAAAGUGCCAAGUGUACUUUUGGAGCGACUCGUCUGUAGUUCUGACAUGGAUAAAAAAAGACUCCCACUGGAGUGUUUUUGUGGCCAAUCGUGUAGCUGAAAUAAGGAGAUGCACAAAUCCGGACGACUGGCAUUAUGUACCAAGCUUAAGCAAUCCAGCUGAUCUUCCCUCUAGAGGGUGCGAUGCCAAAAUGUUGCUACAGAGCAGAUGGUGGGAGGGGCCGGAUUGGCUUAAACAGGAGCCGGAUAAAUGGCCUCUCUCUGAAGAGUCAGAACUAGAAACUGAUGAAAGUACAGUUAAUUCAGAAAAAAGGGAAAAUGUGGUUUCUAGCGUUUCCUGUAGAACCCCAAACUUCACAGAAACAUUCACUCGAUUUUCUGGAUAUUAUAAAAAUGUGAGAGUAUUAGCUUGGAUCUUUAGAUUUCUUAACAACAGUCGUCAUAGAAAAAACGAAAAAUUUAAUAAGGAAUUAACCUCAGAAGAAGUGAGUUUUGCAGAGAAAAGGUUGUUAUAUUUAAUCCAAGCCGAAAACUUUCGGAAUACUGAUGGAAAAAAUUUGAAAGGGAUGAUUACAUUUAAGGAUGACUUUGGACUUCUUCGAGUAAGAACCAAACUAAUUUUAAGUGACGAAGACGAAAACUUUAAGUGUCCUAUUCUAUUGCCAGGGAACCAUGCACUAGUUCAUCGCCUAAUAGAACAGAAACAUCGGCGACUGCAGCAUGCAGGUACAGGGACCUUGAUCUGCAACUUGCGAGAAGAUUAUUGGAUUGUCGGUGUGAGACGUCUUGUGAAGAGAAUUUGUUCAAAGUGUGUUAUUUGUAAAAGAUUCAAAGGCAAAUCUGUUCAACCACCAGUUGCACCCUUACCAAAGGACCGCAUUAAAUAUGCUGGAGCUUUUGAGGUCACUGGCAUCGAUUUGGCUGGCCCAUUGUAUGUAUUGUCUGGCGAAAAAGCAUGGAUUGUGAUUUUUACUUGUGCGAUCUAUCGUGCUGUGCACUUUGAAUUGACGAAAUCUUUAUCAGCAGAUUCAUUUAUAAUGGCACUCCGAAGAUUCAUUGCAAGAAGGGGUAGAAUAAGCAUCUUAUAUACUGACAAUGGUACCAACUUUGUCAGUCUUUACAAGUUACGAUCUUUACAAGUCACAUGA